AUGAUAGCAACGUACCAACACAAUCAGCCAACUUCUUUUGCACAUCAACGUCAAAGUUCCGAAACUUUUGAGGAUAUCAAGAGUAAUAACUCGACAAAUUUUGGAAUUAACAUUGUAAAAAAUUGUGACAGUCCAUAUAACAACCGUGCCAUUCAAGCAAGCUUGAGCGAACAACCUCCACAACAACACGUUCAAUCUUCCACUGGUUCACGACAACAAACUUUUGGCUCCUUAACGACAAAAACAUUUAAUAAUAAUUCUCGAACGUCUUCAUUAUCAACGUCUAAUACGACAACAAAUUGUAACAACUUUACCAAUACUCAAAUCUUUACAACGGCCUCAACAACGGAGCAACAUCAAUUUUCUUUUGCAAAUUCUCGCAGUGGCAACGGCAAUAACCGUCAAAAUUCCAACAAUGGUAAAAUUAUAAAUAUGGGUCAUAACGUUGAUGGUUGGAAUUAUAAAGAAUUUAAUGAUAUUCCAAAAAAUUCUGCAAAAGAAGAAGAUUCAUCGAAAUUAAAAUUUGGUCAUAUUCUUCUUGAACAAGCUCUAUUUCCUCCAAAAAAGUCUUGUUGUGUUGAUAAUAAUGAAGAUAAGGAUGAUGAUUCGAAAAAAGAUCCUUUGGGGGCUUCAGUUUGGCGCCUUUAUACAAAAGCUAAAGAUGCUUUACCUAAUGGAAUUCGUGCCGAAAAUAUUACUUGGAGAAUGAUGUAUUUAGCUUUAAAAAAAAAAAAAAAUUCUGAACAGACUUUAAUUAAACAUGAAUCGUUUGAUAAUGACCCUCCUCAUAUGUCUGUUUCAACAAAUAAUUCUUCCAUGUUGGAUGAUGUUUUUUCAAGUAAUAUUAGACAAUCUAAAAAUUCCGUUACCUCUUCUAAAACAUCAAUUAUUAAUGAUACUUCUGUUCAAGAAAAGAACAGAAAUUGCUUGAAAGAUGCCGACAAUCAUGUUGAAACUACGUUAUUAAGUUUAGAUAUGGAUGUGGAUGAUUCGCUUAACAAAAUCGACCGUCAUUUGACUGUGGACAUGGAUCAAGAUGAUUACAAUGCAUUACUCGUUGAUGUUGAUGUCGAUGAUCACAAUCACGCUCCCUUUGUGAUGUCCCCACCUGAUACUAGUAGUAAUCCAGAUGAUAAUCUAUCCGUUUAUAACUCAACUCCUUCUCCCGUGCUCUCUUCUUCCACUACUUCGGCCAUCCCAAUUCCUGUGUCCUCUGCUUCAAACAAUUAUAACCCUCCUUUAACUACGUCUCCAACGAAUUGUCAUUAUGAAUUCAUUCCAACCUCUGAAGGAUUCAGAUUACAAAAUCCACCAUCAAUAAAGAGGAAUUAUGCGAAUGUUUCUGGAAAACCUAUGAUAUAUAAUGAUCGUUCUUUUGCUGUCCCUGUAUCUCGUUCUCAAAUUUUCAAUUCUACUGGUACUCAAGGAUUUCCUUACAAAAAGGCACCAAAACCGCAUAUCUUAAACUUUCCUCCAUCAUCAAUAUCAAGUAUAACAAUACCAAAUGAUACUCCUGAUGACUCAGACGUGGAAUUACCAGAUUCAUUGUCCUCAUCGGUGACAACUGCAUCUACCAAUACACAAUAUCCAUUAACUUUUAAUCCCGCGUUUGAUCAAUCAACUCUCGAUUAUCCUGGUUCUUUAAUAAGUUCUUCGGCUCCAGCUUUUUCCUAUACAAACUUUUGUGAUAUUGCUACCUCUGAUGCUUUAAAUGAUAAUAAUGCUAUUUCAUACAAUCAAUCAACUGCUAGCACUCCUAUUACUCCUGCUGAUAAUGCAGGAAUUUAUUUUGAUCUCAAUGCUGGAAAUGAUAUUGGUGCUGAUGGAUUUUUCAACAUUUAUUUUAUGCAGGGUAACGGUCCUCAUAUUAAUCCCUCUCAAUUAAUAUCAACGUCUCCUAGUAGUGCCUUUUAUGAUUUUAUUCAAGAUCAAAAUUCUGGUGGAAAGAACAAAAAUUCUAAUUCUUUUGAAUUUGAUGUAUCAGGUAGUAGUCAUAGUGCUAAUAGUCCAUCAAAAAUAAAAAGACAUUCGUUGGAUGACCUUUCAUCUUCAACUAUAGUUGAUACGAACUGUAUAAACAAGAACAAUUCUUUGAUCUCAUCUCCCACAUUAACUAGUGGUGGUGAAGGUUCUGAGUCUGAAACUUCAAAUUCGUUACCAUGUAAAAGACAAAGACCAACUUCUCGAACGUCAUCUAUUCCGACAAAUAGUUCUUCAAAUUCUACUUCUAAUAAUACUAAAUCUCCACCAUCUCCCCCAAUAUCUAAAGAUGGUAAUAAUUGUGGAAAUAAUAGUAAUAAUGGUAAUAGUGGUAAUUCUUCUAAAAAUGCUAUGUCUACCACUUGUACCAACUGUCAUACCCAAACAACUCCUUUAUGGCGGCGUAAUCCUGAAGGUCAACCACUAUGUAAUGCUUGUGGUUUAUUCCUUAAACUUCAUGGUGUCGUAAGACCAUUAAGUCUUAAAACAGAUACUAUUAAAAAACGUAAUCGUAAUGGGGGUGCUGUUGCUGCUGGAAAGAAUCCUGCUAAAGGUGUUAAAGGUCCAGUACAACUCGGUCCUAGUGGUGCGAGCAUGGGAGUUAUAGGCAAACGAAUAUCUUUGUCAAAUUCUAUUACAUCAAGAUCACAAAAUGGUAAUUCUCCUGCACCUACUCCUGUAUUAUCAAAUUCGACUUCUACUUCACAAUUCACCAAUGGAUUCACUGAACGACAUCAAAUGGUUGGUGCAUUACCAAAAAGACAAAGGAGACUUUCGGGUGAUGAACAACAAUUAAAUUCACAAACUCGAUCCAAUGAAGUUCAACAAUCACAAAAUUAUGUUUUAAAACAUUCACCUGGUUCAUUUUCUUCUAAUGGUGAACAAUCAAAAAUACAACAUGUUUUGGAUAACAAUACUGUUUCUUCAUCACCUGGAUACAAUAUACCUUCUAAACGUAAUAUUCAUCGUGCGCAUACCACUGGGCAAAUUAUGCACACUCCCUCAACAUUGUCUCAGUCAAUAUUAUUGUAUCCAUUGAUGCAACCGGCACUACCAAGCGAGAAUGAUAAUAUGAUAUCUUCAAAUGCCAACUAUGCUUUGCGUCCUGGAGUGAUAAGGCACCGAUCCUGUGGAACAAGUGGUUCAAAUAAUGGUAACACGGGUAACCGAGGAUCAAGAUUUUGA